GGUCUCUGCCUCAAAAAUUCUCGCCCCCCCCUCCCCCGCCCUUCCUCAAGCGGCCGCCGUCCUCCCAGUUCCGGAACCGGAAGCGUGGUGGGCGGGGCCCGGCAGCGGAAGGCUGCGGAGCCGGAGCCGGGAGUCGGCGGUGGCCGUCGGUCCCGCCACGGAGCGCUGGGCAGCGCUGCGUGGCCCCAGGCGGAAGGUCGGCCCGCAGUGGGUGCGCGGCGCGGUGCCCGCUAGGGAUCAUGUCGACAGCCUCCGCCGCCUCCUCCUCCUCCUCGUCUUCUGCCAGUGAGAUGAUCGAAGCUCCUUCCCAGGUCCUCAACUUUGAAGAGAUCGACUAUAAGGAGAUCGAAGUGGAAGAGGUUGUUGGAAGAGGAGCCUUUGGAGUAGUUUGCAAAGCUAAGUGGAGAGCAAAAGAUGUCGCUAUUAAACAGAUAGAGAGUGAAUCUGAGAGGAAAGCUUUCAUUGUAGAGCUCCGGCAGUUAUCCCGUGUGAACCAUCCUAAUAUUGUAAAGUUGUAUGGAGCCUGCUUGAAUCCAGUGUGUCUUGUGAUGGAAUAUGCUGAAGGAGGCUCUUUAUAUAAUGUGCUGCAUGGUGCUGAACCGUUGCCAUAUUACACUGCUGCCCAUGCGAUGAGUUGGUGUUUACAGUGUUCUCAAGGAGUGGCUUAUCUGCACAGCAUGCAGCCCAAAGCUCUAAUUCACAGGGACCUAAAGCCACCAAACUUGCUGCUGGUUGCAGGGGGGACAGUUCUAAAAAUCUGUGAUUUUGGUACAGCUUGUGACAUUCAGACACACAUGACCAAUAACAAAGGGAGUGCUGCGUGGAUGGCACCCGAAGUGUUUGAAGGUAGCAAUUACAGUGAAAAAUGUGACGUCUUCAGCUGGGGGAUUAUCCUUUGGGAGGUGAUAACACGGCGGAAACCCUUUGAUGAGAUUGGUGGCCCAGCUUUCCGAAUCAUGUGGGCUGUUCACAAUGGUACUCGACCACCACUGAUCAAAAAUUUACCUAAGCCCAUUGAGAGCCUGAUGACUCGUUGCUGGUCUAAAGAUCCUUCUCAGCGCCCUUCGAUGGAGGAAAUUGUGAAAAUUAUGACUCACUUGAUGCGGUACUUUCCAGGAGCAGAUGAGCCAUUACAGUACCCUUGUCAGUAUUCUGAUGAAGGACAGAGCAACUCGGCCACCAGUACAGGCUCAUUCAUGGACAUUGCUUCUACAAAUACCAGUAAUAAAAGUGACACUAAUAUGGAGCAAGUUCCUGCCACAAAUGAUACUAUUAAACGCUUAGAGUCAAAAUUGCUGAAAAAUCAGGCAAAGCAACAGAGUGAAUCUGGACGACUGAGCUUGGGAGCCUCCCGUGGGAGCAGCGUGGAGAGUUUGCCCCCAGCCUCAGAGGGCAAGAGGAUGAGUGCUGACAUGUCUGAAAUAGAAGCGAGGAUUGCUGCGACCACAGCCUAUUCCAAGCCUAAACGGGGCCACCGUAAAACCGCUUCCUUUGGCAACAUUCUGGAUGUCCCUGAGAUCGUCAUAUCAGGCAACGGGCAACCAAGGCGUAGAUCCAUCCAAGACUUAACUGUUACUGGGACAGAACCUGGUCAGGUAAGCAGCAGGUCAUCCAGUCCCAGUAUCAGAAUGAUCACUACCUCAGGACCAACCUCAGAGAAGCCAGCUCGUAGUCAUCCAUGGACCCCUGAUGAUUCCACAGAUACAAAUGGAUCUGAUAACUCCAUCCCCAUGGCAUAUCUUACACUGGAUCACCAGCUGCAGCCUCUAGCACCGUGCCCAAACUCCAAAGAAUCCAUGGCAGUGUUUGAACAACAUUGUAAAAUGGCACAAGAAUAUAUGAAAGUCCAAACUGAAAUUGCAUUGUUACUACAGAGAAAGCAAGAACUAGUUGCAGAAUUGGACCAGGAUGAAAAGGACCAGCAAAAUACAUCUCGUCUGGUACAGGAACAUAAAAAGCUUUUAGAUGAAAACAAAAGCCUUUCUACUUAUUACCAGCAAUGCAAAAAACAGCUAGAGGUCAUCAGAAGUCAACAGCAGAAGAGACAAGGCACUUCAUGAUUCUGUGGGACCGUUAGAUUUUAAAAUAUGCAAAGAAAAGACUUUUUUUUAAGAAAAGAAAAACCCUUAUGAUAAUUCAUGAGUGUUAGCUUUUUGGCGUGUUCUGAAUGCCAAAUGCCUAUAUUUGCUGCGUUUGUUAAUGUCGUUUAUUUUCUUCUUGUGGUGGACAUAAAAUCCACUGCCUUGAUGCAUAAGAUGAUGGAUGGCAUCGAUGGCUUGGAAAAGCACCAGUUCUCCACUUCAGAACACAAGGUGAACUCUGGCUGUACAUGCAUGCUCAUGGUGUGAGACUAGCCUGAUAGAACGUGGGAUCAUACUAGCUGCUGUGUACACGCAUCGUCCUUCUCUAGUAAAGGUGGAACCUCCAGAAUGAUUUUUUUCUUAGAUCUCGUCUCAAAAAUCUAGUAUUUUUUUUCCCAAAAGAUGGUAUACACCAAGUUAAAGACAGGGUAUUAUAAAUCUACAAUAAUUGGUGGUACAGUUCAGUGAUAGAGAGUUUUGGGUGUGAGUUCAAAGAGAGGGCUAUGGUGCCAGCACUUCCUGGAUCAGCACUGAGCAUAGUUCCACCUGUUGCAUACUUGCAGGUAAGUGGUGGCUGCUGUCCUCAGUGAAAGCAAUUUUAGCAGUUUUCAGUAGUCUAAAAACUGUUUAUGACAUAUUGAAUAAAAUGGAACUCUUUUUUAAGCUGUAAGGAUUUGUAAUUGUGUGUGUGUUGAAACUAUAGUUUUUAUGAUUCAAAUAUUAGUAUCAAAUUAAUUAAAAGAUAAAAAUGAUUUCGCUUAAAUGAUCCUUUGGGCAAUGAUUAUUGGAUUAUUUUGUGAUAUAUUUGAAAAAACUGAAGAGAAAUAAUGGAAAACAGAAAGAAUUGCUCCAGCUUAGAUGCUCUGGCUUAGAUGUCUGUUCAUGAUGCCAAAUAAGGAGUAAAGCAGACGGAGCAAAGUUAGUAAGGAAGACAAGAGGUAAAGAGAAAUUCAAGCUUCCUGCUUCUCCAAGAUACUUGGAUAAUUGAUUUUUUUCAUCAAAGUCGAUUCUGGAAUGCCUCCUGCUUUCCAUGCUUUUAAGAAAAUUUCAACACAUAUAAAGAGAAUAUUUAUAUUGUUAACAAUAAUUUUGCUACCAGCCUUCAAGAAAAUUUAAAAAUAAGAAAUUGUAGUUGAAAAAAUAAAUUACAUAAGCUCUAUUUUUCAGUCAAUAUUAAGUCAUGUUUUGAUACCAGUACAAGACUGUCUUUUAAAUAAGGAUGCCGUUAGCCUCACUUCUACAGCAUUCAUGUUUAAAGAGAAAAUAUUAAAAAUGAAAGCAUGAUUGCUGCAAUCCGUAGAUUCUGUCAUGGUUCUAUUGUAGUUUCUCCUGUUUCAGAUAAGCAACUUGAUCUAAGAAGUUAUCAGAACUAUUCUUAAAAAUGCUAAAGCAGGUAACUUUUCUUCUAUUAUUUUUUCUUCUCCUUGAGUUUAUAAUAGAUUCGGUCUAUAUUCAAGCAAUAAAGGUAAAGAACACUUUAUACUAAACUGUGUCAUUUUUAGCAUAUUCAAAAUCUGAUAGUAGCUUCUAGGAAUUAGGAUCUUUUUUCAUUGAAAUAAAGAAAAAGUUAUCAUUCCCAAGUUCUAUUACCUAGGUGAAAUUAGUAUUGGGCUCAGCGUUAGUAACAAAAUAAAAUUGGCACAGAAGAUAGCUGUAGACUCAGACAGAGCUAAACUCCCGCCUGACAUAGUUGUCUGUACACCUGCACUCCACCAGAGAGACCUCAUGUCUGUUACACAGCACUUCGAAUGGUCUCAGACUUGAAUGCCAAGUUUGACUUCCCAUUAAGAUUCAGAAUCAGAGGAUUCUGACAUCAUGUCUAGUCAUCACCAUACAGCUAAGAGGAAAUUUUAUCAUCAUUUGUAGUCACUUGAUAAGGAUAUCCUGACAGGUUAAUGGAAGAAAAUACUAGAUUCAGUCAUGGUACCAACUUGAGUUGUUUGUUUACAGUCAGUUCUUUGGCAUUUUCAGUACUGUCGUGGUCUGGACAUUAAAUGCAGUUCAGCCUUACUCCAUUUUUAAGUAGUAGCAUUGCCAAGCUCAUACUUCCUUCCACCUCUCCCUAAAGGUGAGGAGGCGAUCAUGCACACUUAAGGUCUCAGCCACUUUAUCAUUGCCUCUGCCCAUCAGACCUUCAAAAAAUAUGUGGUGGCGGAGCCAGACACUAUUAGCUUUGGUUCUACAGUUUAUUCUGAACCUCAGUGUGAGGUGGAAAUAGCAAACAGCAAGUUGUUAAAAUCAUGUCCAAGAAAUUCAAACAGUCCCUGAACAAACACUAAUUGCGUUUUGUUCUUACCUUCAGGGAAAGAAAGCAAAGUUUGUCUAAUCUAGAGCGAAUACUCCUCCACAGCAAAAAUUAUUUAUUGAAUUGGAAAAAAAGUCAGUUAAGAAUGUUUACCCUAUAGCAACACAACAUACUGAAAAGAUUUAAAGUUAUUUACAAAUGUUUGACUUCUUUUUGCUGAAGUAGUUUUAAAAAUUAUUGAAUAUCUUUGUUUCCUUCAAAUUUCUGUUGUGUUCCUAAUCUCACUUCUUGCCUUUAGCCAGGGAUUACAGGUUUUCCCUAUGAAACUUUUGUUUCUUUGUAUAAAUGUGUGAUUUCUAGCACCUAGCUCCUCUUCAAAUGGUAGUAAAUUCUACUUUUACUAAUGUCAUUCAGACAUUUCAUGUAAAAUGAUGUAAUGCAGAAACGCUUGUGCAUAUGAUGUAACUGAAAGAAGCUUUUUAGAUUUAUUUUUGUUUUUAAUAAAAUUCAGAUUGUUGUUCUAAACUGA